AACACUUGGUGGACUUGGUGGUGAAAGUUUACUGCUCUUGUUUCUGUCACUGCACAUUCUUUAUUAUUUAUCCUACCUGGUUAUUUUUACACAAACAACAAUGAAGCGAACAAGAAGCUCAAAAAGUAAAAGUCAGAGCGCACAAGAAACCGAAGAGGUCCAGUCCAAAACAGUGUGGCAGUGGAUAGGAGAUAAAGGACAGUGGGAACCAUACUCGGCUUCCGCCUGUGCCUUGUUGGACGCAGCCGUCUCUUCAGGAGAAACCUCUGUCACUCUGUCUGUGGGCUCUGGGACAUCCUACGAAGUCGACCUGAAAAAGAUGGUCCAGAUUAAUCCUGUCACCAAGUACAAGAGGAAGAUUCGCUCUCAGACAGUAAAACCAGAGAGUUUGAAUGACGCUAAUGACUUGACUCCUCAAAACGGGACGCCAGUCCAAGUUAAAGAAGAAGAGGAGGAGACGGAAAAACAACCUGCAGCCAAGAAAAAGAGAGGGCAGAGCAAGAGUCAGACAAAAACUGAAGAAAUACCCAAAGAAGAAACAAAAAGUGAAGAGGUUGUGAGGACGGUGGUCAUGAAGGGAAAAGCUCCAGUGGACAUAGAAUGUAAAGCCAAACUGGGAAAGGCUCAUGUUUACAAUGACGGAAGUGACGUUUACGACGUGAUGCUAAAUCAGACAAAUCUUCAGUUUAACAACAACAAAUACUACCUGAUCCAGCUGCUGGAAGACGACAGCUCUAAGUCGUACAGUGUGUGGAUGAGAUGGGGCAGAGUGGGAAAAGUGGGUCAAAACAGUCUGACAGAUUGUGAUGGAGACCUGCUGAAAGCCAAAGACAUCUUCAAGAAAAAGUUUUUAGACAAGACCAAGAAUGAGUGGGAAGACCGAGCAAGUUUUGAGAAAGUAGCAGGAAAAUAUGACAUGGUGUUCAUGGACUACAGCACGAAUGAAAAGGAGGAGAACCUGACCACAGUGGAUGCUGCACCUAAAAAGAGGAUCUCCAAGCUGGAUGUGAAGGUCCAGUCUCUUCUGGAGCUAAUCUGUGACCUCAAAGCCAUGGAGGAGUGUGUGCUGGAGAUGAAGUUUGACACCCGGAAAGCUCCUCUCGGCAAGCUGACCUCAGAGCAGAUCCGUGCAGGCUACACCGCACUGAAGAAAAUUGAGGACUGUUUGAAGAAGAAGGGUAGCAAUCGUGAUCUGCUGGAAGCAUGCAACCAGUUCUACACCCGCAUCCCUCAUGACUUUGGGUUGAAAACUCCUCCAAUCAUUCGUACAGAAGAUGAGCUAAAGGAAAAAAUUGCGCUGUUGGAGGCUCUGAGUGACAUUCAGAUUGCAGUGAAAAUGGUUCAGUCCAGUGAAAACAAUGACGAACAUCCUCUGGACCGACAGUACAGCUCCCUCAAGUGCCAGCUGCAGCCUCUAGACUCCAGCAGCAACGAGUACACGGUGAUAGAAAAGUAUCUACAGUCCACUCACGCCCCCACCCAUCGUGACUACACCAUGACUGUCCUUGACAUGUUCUCAGUGGACAGAGACGGGGAGAAUAACAACUUCCUCUCAAACAUACACAACAGGACUCUGUUGUGGCACGGUUCCCGCCUUUCUAACUGGGUCGGCAUCCUCAGUCAGGGGCUCCGAGUGGCCCCACCUGAAGCUCCCAUCACUGGUUACAUGUUUGGAAAAGGUAUCUACUUUGCUGACAUGUCGUCUAAGAGUGCCAACUACUGCUUUGCUAAUCAGAACAACCAUGUGGGACUGCUGUUACUGUGUGAGGUUGCUCUGGGAGACAGUAACGAGCUGCUGGAUGCAGACUACGAGGCCAACAAUCUGCCGACUGGAAAACACAGCACCAAGGGCCUGGGACAGACCGGACCUGACCCCAAAAACUCAGUCAAUCUGGAUGGUGUGACCGUGCCGAUGGGGCCAGGGGUGAAGACGGGGGUGGGUAGAAACAACUGUUACUCCCUCUUGUACAACGAGUUCAUUGUUUACAACCCUGCACAGGUCCGCAUGAGGUACCUGCUGCGGAUCAAGUUCAACUACUCUUCACUGUGGUAAGGCAGUGCAAAGCG